AUGAAGUCGGCCUAUAUUUGUCUUAGCCUUUCCUUGGCCAUCCUGGUUGUUGCUGCUCCAACCCCGCAGAUUGCCACCGAAGGUGCAACUUGUAUCUCGGAACUGAUUUGCUCUUCGUUGACUGGUAGCGUUGUCAUCAAUGUCACUCCUGAGGAGAUCAGAGGGAACUGUGACAUCGUGAAUGAUGGGGAGAAUUAA